GUCCUUUUUCCCCUUUUUUGCUUUUUUAUUAUUUUUUAAUGAAAUCCUUCUUUUUGACUAAAAAAAUUAAAGAUAUUAACAAUACCAAAGAUAAUGUUAUAACUUUACUUGCGGAGGAAGGCAAUAUUGAAGCCCAAUACAAGCUUGGACAUAAAUAUGCCACACAUCACGAUUACAUCAAUGCCUUUGACUGGUUUACAAAGGCUUCAGAAGGUGGCCAUGGGGCAGCACAAAAUCAACUUGGUCUAGCCUAUCAGUACGGCUUAGGUAUCACACAGGACUAUUACCGAGCGAUUGAAUGGUUUACGGAAUCCGCUACAAUCAAUAACAAUGCUGAUGCUCAAUUUAAUCUUGGUAGCUUUUAUUAUUAUGGAAAACUAGGCGUACCUCAAGACUACAGUCUAGCCUAUCAGUGGUUUUUAAAAGCUUCGGAAAACGGCAAUAACAGUGCACAAAAUUCUAUUGGCUUCCUGUUUCAACGUGGAUGGGGUGUUCAGCAGGACUAUACACUUGCAUUAAAAUGGUUUUUGAAAGCUGCUGCUGCUAACAACGGAAAUGCACAAAACCAAAUCGGCGUUUUUUAUAAGAAGGGGCAUGGAGUCAAAAUUAAUUUUCAUACCGCAUUUGAGUGGUAUUCAAGGUCUGCCAAAAGCGGUAGUAGUGCCGGUCAGUGUAACCUUGCUUGGAUGUACUAUGAUGGUAGUGGUACUAAGCAAGAUUUUAAAAAGGCUAUGUCUUGGUUUCUAAAAGCCGCAGAUAGAGGAAACGUCGAUGCACAAUAUCAAGUGGGAGUUAUGUACUUCAAUGGGUAUGGCAUACAGAAGGAUAAUCUUAUGGCUUUAGAAUUCUUUGCAAUGGCCUUAGAAAAUGGAAAUCGGGCAGCUCAAAAUUAUAUAGACAUGAUUUCUAGCCUACUGGAUAAUGAAAAAGUGCAGGUGGUGGGCGGCAAGCAACCGCCCGUGUCACCAAAAAAUAUUCAACAUCGCAAACAUAUAUCACACGAAAUAGCUACCUCUCCAUCCCCAUAUCUUGCUCAUAAAAAGUCGGUGUCAUUAGUAAUAAAUAGCAGCUAUGCGAACAGUAGUAAUAGUAGCAGUGCUAGCGAAAACCGAAUAAAUUACUAAUACUUCAAGUGAUUGAUACAGCAAUGCAAGAAUAUAAAUCUCGUUGUUGUGCAUAACUUUAUUUUGAUAGGGAAAACUGCACACGAUAGCGAUUUUUAUCCUGAUUUGACAUCCACUAUUUUUCUAAUUAUUAGUGUAACUUCACGUGUGGUAAAUACUUACCUUGUGAUAAAAGCUUCCCAGCCAUGUAAAACAAAAGAAGUGAGCAAGUGAAAAAGCUUUGCCUUGUACGCAUAUAUUCCCCAUUCAAUAAAACCAAUUAAGCUGGAUUUGUGGAACCCGGUUUAUUUUUGUUUAUUUUCAGAAUGUCAUCUGGCUCGAUUUUAAUAAAGCACAGCCGAGGGAAUCAAUAAUAACU